AUUUGGUGGUGAUGAAACGCACUUGUAGCAUGGGUUGGUGAGGGAGAAUAAAUGCUUGUACUUCACAGACAUACCCAAGGCCCUGCCCUUCCAUGGUGGCGAGUAAUGUAAACCAAAUACCAUAUUGGGGUUUUCUAGUUUUUUUUUUCUGGGUUAAAACUUGCAAUAAAAAAGAGUUGAGCAUUGAGAUUGAAAGAAUUGCACAUGCACGUGGUUCGGCUUCUCAUAGAUAUAAAUAUUUACAUAUUGGUAUUUGAAAUGGCUCACCUGUUUUACUUUCCAGCCAAGUCAUCUUCAUAUUUGUUCUCAUUUGUCAGCAUCUUCAUUGCUUUUUUUUUUCUCCCAUGCUUUAUUCUUUCUAGUUUCUACACCUGGAAAAGCUAAAACAAUUUGAGAUUUUUAGCUCAAACCCAGAAGGAAAGUGUGGGUUAAAAGGGGUAGCUCUGUUGUUUUUGUUGAGCAAGUGUAUGCGAAAAAUAUUGAAACUUGUUGAGUUUAUCUGAGUGGAGGAAGUGAAAAAUGUUGGUGUUUAACCAUGAUCCUGAUGUUUUUUCUUUGAUUCUCAAGAUUUUUACAAGUGCAAAACAACAAGCUUUGCUUUAUUAAUGUGUUUCGAGCAUGAGAAGGAUCCAUCAAUUCAGUGUUUCCCAGGCUUUGCUCUUUCUGAUUCUUGCUUCAUGUGGAAUGAGAAUUCUCACUAUUUCUUUAGCAGCAAUAGAGAAGGAAAUUUUGCUCCAAUUUAGAGGGAACAUCACUGAUGAUCCUUACAACAGCUUGAAUUCUUGGGUCCCAAAUGGUAACCCUUGUGUAAAUUUCAGCGGUGUGUUUUGCAAUCCAAAGGGAUUUGUGGACAAGAUUGUAUUGUGGAACACCAACCUUAGUGGACAACUACCAGCUGCCUUGUCAGGUUUAAGCUCUAUAAGAGUCUUGACAUUGUUUGGUAACAGGUUUUCAGGUAAAAUCCCACAAGAGUAUUCACUGUUGCAGACAUUAUGGAAGAUCAAUGUGAGUUCAAAUGCAUUAUCUGGUUCCAUACCAGGUUUCAUUGGUGAUUUACCUAACAUUAGAUUUCUUGAUUUUUCUAACAAUGGCUAUUCUGGAGAGAUCCCUUCUGCUUUGUUUAAGAACUGUUACAAAACCAAGUAUGUUUCUGUUUCUCAUAACAGUCUCUCGGGUUCCAUUCCAGGGACCAUUGUGAAAUGCAGUAAGCUUGAAGGGUUUGAUUUCUCAUUCAAUAAUCUUAUUGGUGAAUUGCCUUCUGGAAUUUGUGAUAUCUCAGUGUUGAAGUAUGCAUCUGUUGGUAGCAAUGCAUUAAGUGGCAAUGUGCUCCAAGAGAUGUCAAAAUGCCAAAGCCUGUCAUAUUUGGACCUUAGCAGAAACUCUUUCACAGGGUUGGCACCAUUUGGGGUUAUUGAGUUUAAGAAUAUCACUUAUUUCAAUGUUUCACAUAACAGGUUCUUUGGUGAGAUCCCUUCGAUUGGAACCUGCAGUGAGACAAUGCAAUUUAUUGAUGCUUCAUGGAAUAGUUUGGAUGGGGAGAUCCCAACAAGCAUUUCCAAUUGUAAAAGCCUUAAAGUUUUGGACUUGGGGUUCAACAGGCUCAAUGGGACCAUACCAGUUAAUAUUACAGAUUUAGGGAGGCUUUUGGCAAUUAGCUUGGCUAAUAAUUCACUAAAUGGGACCAUACCAGCAGGAUUUGGUAGCAUUGAGUUGCUUCAAGUCUUGGAUUUGCACAAUCUCAACCUUGCUGGUGGAAUUCCUGCAUAUGUAAGCAAUUGCAGGUUUCUUCGUCAACUGGAUGUUUCUGGAAAUGCUCUAGAGGGACAUAUUCCUGAUACCAUUUACAACAUGACACAUCUAGAAAUCCUUGACUUGCACGGCAACCAGUUGAAUGGAAGUAUCCCAUCUGGUCUGGGGAACUUGUCAAAACUCCAAUUUCUAGAUCUCUCACUGAAUUCAUUUUCUGGGUCAAUCCCCGCUUCACUUGCGCAUCUGAAUAAGAUAACACAUUUUAAUCUUUCCUACAACAAUCUCUCCGGUAUCAUUCCUACUAUCCAAACCAUCCAGUCCUUUGGUCCAUCAGCAUUUUCUAACAACCCUGGUCUCUGUGGUUUCCCUUUGACAUCCUGCUCAGUAAGUGGCAGGCUUCCCACAUCUGGUAGAACCAGGGUCCUUAGUACUUCCGCAAUUGUUGCCAUUGUUGCUGCUGCUGUGAUCCUUGCAGGGGUUUGUGUGGUAACCAUCUUGAACAUCGGGGCACGUAGGAGUAAAAAGGAAGAAGCGACAAUGGUUGUUGAGAGCACACCACCAGGUUCAUCAGACUCGAAUGUUAUAAUCGGGAAGUUGGUCCUCUUUAGCAAAAUCUUACCGUCUAAAUACGAAGAUUGGGAAGCUGGCUCGAAAGCUUUGCUUGACAAGGAUAGUCUAGUGGGUGGAGGUUCGAUUGGAACUGUCUACAGAACUAGCUUUGAAGGUGGGAUCUCAAUUGCAGUGAAGAAACUUGAGACUCUGGGAAGAAUUAGAAACCAAGAUGAAUUUGAACAAGAAAUUGGACGCCUAGGUAACAUCAAGCAUCCCAACUUGGUUGCUCUUCAAGGUUAUUACUGGUCGUCAUCGAUACAGUUGAUUCUAUCGGAAUUUAUUCCAAAUGGAAAUCUCUAUGAUAAUCUUCAUGGACUAAAUUACCCAGAUACUAGUACAGGUGUUGGUAAUACUGAACUAACUUGGUCUAGGAGGUUCCAUGUUGCCCUUGGAACUGCAAGAGCACUUUCUUACCUUCACCAUGAUUGUAGACCUCCAAUUUUCCAUCUCAACAUCAAAUCGUCUAACAUACUCUUAGAUGAGGAGUACAAGGCCAAAUUAUCUGAUUAUGGGUUAGGAAAAUUGCUUCCAAUUUUGGAUAACUAUGGUUUAACUAAAUUCCAUAAUGCCGUAGGAUAUGUUGCACCGGAGUUGGCACAAAGUUUGCGAGUUAGUGAGAAAUGUGAUGUGUACAGCUUUGGAGUAAUUCUUUUAGAACUGGUAACUGGGAGGAAACCAGUUGAGAGUCCAACUGCAAAUGAAGUGGUGAUAUUGUGUGAAUAUGUUAGAGGAUUGUUGGAGAAGGGCUCUGCUUCGGAUUGCUUCGAUAGAAGAUUGCGGGGUUUUGCGGAUAACGAAUUAAUACAGGUUAUGAAGCUGGGUUUAAUUUGUACAUCGGAGAUUCCUUCAAGAAGACCUAGCAUGUCUGAAGUAGUUCAAGUUCUGGAAUUCAUCAGAUCUGGAAUAGAAUCAUAGUGAUCAUUCUUUUGUAUUCAUUUUGAGCUUACCAUCGUUGAUUUGUUUCCUGUUUUUAAUUUUAUGCAAUAAAAGUAUUGAUUUAUGUGUA